GUUCUAAAAUGUAUUUGAAUAAUAUGUAAUGUAAGGUCUUUCUGAGGAGAUACCAACCCCAGCCUGACUACACCAUCCUUUUCCAUACUGCGACACCCAUUUUGAUGUUUAUGUGACUGGAGUGUGCUUCCUGCGGAGAGGAGCUCAGGCCUAGCUCAUUUUCGCCUGCCGGGUCAGCUGCUCUGUAUUUCAGUCUGAAGCCGUUGGCUGCUACUGAACCGUUUGGCUCUUUUCUCUACUAGCGAGCAAACCUACAAUCUAGACCAAACUGUCCAUCCAGCUCAUUUUUAAGGGGAUUGAUCAUUAUAUAUGCCCGUGUAUCCAAAACACAUCGGUCACUGGGGAUCCCUGGCAUCGACUGGCCGGGUCCGAAGGCCGUUAUAACGCUUUUUUCGAGGUUUAAUUAGAGCUAGAAAACAACGGUGGUGGAGGAGGAGAUUCCAUAUUAGGAGCACAGAGGAGAAGGCACCCCCCUUGUGUGGUUUGGAGCUUCUGGUUCUGGUCCAUGGUACAAGGCUGAGACUGAACAUACUGGUGGUGCAUACAGACUUACUGCUGUGGCUAGGUGUGUGCGUGCUGACCUCAUGGUGUAACGGGAGUAAAGAUGAGCAUUAGCAGUGAUGAGGUCAACUUCCUGGUCUACAGAUACCUACAGGAGUCAGGGUUCUCCCAUUCAGCGUUUACAUUUGGUAUAGAGAGUCACAUCAGCCAGUCCAACAUCAAUGGUGCUCUGGUUCCCCCUGCUGCCCUCAUCAGCAUCAUCCAGAAAGGCCUGCAGUACGUUGAGGCUGAAGUCAGCAUCAAUGAGGAUGGAACGUUAUUUGAUGGGCGGCCCAUUGAGUCUCUGUCCCUGAUCGAUGCUGUGAUGCCGGACGUCGUUCAGACGAGGCAGCAGGCUUACCGGGACAAAAUGGCCCAGCAGCAGGCUGCUGCUUCAGCACCUUCAUCAGCCACUGGAGGCAGCAUAGCUGGCAACACCAAGAACGGAGAGAAUACUGCCAACGGGGAGGAGAACGGAGCCCACGCCUUAGCAAACAACCACGCAGACCUGAUGGAGGUGGACGGGGAUGUGGAGAUCCCUCAGAACAAGGCCAUGGUCUUGAGGGGCCACGAGUCAGAGGUCUUCAUCUGUGCCUGGAAUCCUGUCAGUGAUCUGCUGGCAUCGGGGUCGGGUGAUUCGACUGCUCGUAUUUGGAACCUGAGUGAGAACAGUACCAGCAGCUCCACACAGCUGGUGCUCAGACACUGCAUACGAGAAGGAGGACAGGAUGUCCCCAGCAACAAAGACGUCACCUCACUAGACUGGAAUAGCGAGGGCACACUGUUAGCCACAGGCUCCUAUGAUGGCUUUGCCAGAAUAUGGACGAAGGAUGGUAACCUAGCCAGCACACUGGGCCAACACAAAGGUCCCAUCUUUGCCCUUAAGUGGAAUAAAAAAGGCAAUUUUAUCUUGAGUGCAGGAGUAGACAAGACAACAAUCAUAUGGGAUGCCCAUACAGGAGAAGCCAAACAACAGUUUCCCUUCCAUUCAGCUCCAGCAUUAGAUGUGGAUUGGCAAAGCAACAAUACAUUUGCUUCUUGUAGUACAGAUAUGUGCAUCCACGUCUGUAAACUAGGACAAGACAGACCCAUUAAAACAUUCCAGGGACACACAAAUGAAGUAAAUGCAAUCAAGUGGGAUCCCACAGGGAACCUGCUAGCCUCCUGCUCAGACGACAUGACACUGAAGAUCUGGAGUAUGAAGCAGGACAUGUGCGUCCAUGACCUGCAGGCCCACAGUAAAGAAAUCUACACCAUCAAAUGGAGUCCCACCGGGCCUGGAACCAGCAAUCCCAGUGCUAACCUCAUGCUAGCCAGUGCAUCAUUUGACUCCACAGUUCGUCUCUGGGAUGUGGAGCGAGGCAUCUGUAUCCAUACGCUGACUAAACACCAAGAGCCGGUCUACAGCGUAGCUUUCAGUCCUGAUGGUCGGCAUCUGGCCAGUGGCUCCUUUGACAAAUGCGUGCACAUCUGGAAUACACAGACGGGCGCUUUAGUCCACAGUUACAGAGGAACAGGGGGAAUCUUUGAGGUUUGCUGGAAUGCAGCAGGGGAUAAAGUGGGAGCCAGCGCGUCAGAUGGAUCUGUGUGUGUACUAGACCUUCGGAAAUAGUGCUGCUGUUUGUUGGAAGCCAUGGACCGACCAUGAAUGUGUACAUAGCCAAAUGACUGUCCCUGCCUGCCCUGCGUACUGCUCACGCUUACGACUACGGCCCCGCCCACCGACAGACAGGAAGCAGGAAACGGGAACAGGAUGCAAGCACCUGACACAGUAGGUCCAGACACAGGGAUGAACAGAUGGAUGGACGAAAAGACGGACAAAUGAGCAGAUGGAAGCGCCCCUCUCUGUCUGUGCAGACUCUGAGAGAAAUGCAGAAGGGACGCAGUGAAAAAAGACAAAACUGAUAGACAAAAAAGUUACAGAUCCGUAUAUGUACCGAAAUUUGGAAGCUAUUUUGCUUUUUUGAUCUUUAAACCAUGCUAAUCGUCAUCAAAAUGAAAAACAAUGAAAAAAGUAUUGAUCUUUGUUACUAGUUGGAUUUCAUUGUGCAGACAUAUCAACUCCACCAUACAAUAGGACAGCACUUAUUAUUUUUUAAAUUUCAAAUCUCUUGUUUCAAUGUUUUUAUAUUUUUUAUCUUUUGGGGGAGGAAGCGUGGGCUGGUCAGUUGAAGUCAGCGGAGACGUACAUGCACACGCACGCCAAACGGUUCUCAAAGACAGUGUCAUGAUUUCAGACCAGUGGUGCAAACCUAAUGGCUUUUUCUUCAUGUAUGUUAGCAGUGGGUCAACAUGCAGUAAUCCAUGUGUCAUAUUCUCCAGAGGACAGACUCUGGAUUCCCUUGUAUCUCCACCUGGGCACAUGACACUGAUGAUGUACUACUAGAUGCUUUAAUAGCGGCUCCUCUGUGCACUAUUUGACCAGGGCGGUUUUCUCCACGCUUACAGAUCCCUGUCUGACUGGGAAAGGUUUAAUUUGACAAGAAGCUGACUGUUCCCUCCACUUGUAUGAAUGUUCCAAGCUCUUCUGAUUUUUAUGUAAUGCCACAGUCAUUUGGGUCCCAUCUCAAAUCAGGUUCAGCCACUGGGGGUUUUAACAGUUCUUUACUUUUACUCCCCAUCCAUCCAUUCAAAUUCAUAUUAAUAGCUUUGUGAUGCAAUCUGAAUAGUGUUCUCUAUGACAUUUCUGAUUUGAUUCACUGACACCCUCAAGGGCCUCAAAUCAAAUGCAUGAAGCCCUGAAAUGGUGUGAUAAAAUGUGUCAUCUACCUGUUGUGAUGUUUUUGCACAUUUGAGAUUUUCUGAGGGCAGAAAUAAUCUCAGUGAGUUGCACCACAGAGAGCAGAGCCCAAGAGCAAUCCACCAAAUACAAGUGGGUUGGCUAAUAAUCAAGACUGGAGCUCCAGUAGAGGGACGACACAACAGCUUUGUUUAGCAUCAGGCAGCUGCAAGACUCGGACUGGACUUCCACAGGCUCAAGAGAACCUGACAGAUGUAGGACAUAAUUAAAUGUUAAAAACUAAAUGAUUUACUUAAACCACAACAGAUGGAUCACAAAUAAACUGGUCUGCAAGUCAGCACACACAUAGAAACAAUCGAGCACAGAAUCCGCUUAUACAGACCACACGUCUUAAAAUGGGAAUUCAAAGCUGACCACCCGUGCUGUGUGCAACAAGUUUAACGAUUAAGCUAAUGAUCUGGUGUUGCUUUAACAUGCACUUGUGAGCUUCUGACACUUUCAGUUGGGAGAGUGAUGAAUUUCAACUAUUCAACAGAAAUGCAAAAGGCACUGAGGGGAAAAAAUCACAUUUGUAAAACAGCUAAUAUGUAAUAGAUGGAGCAGCCUGUCAUCUGGUCCAGGCAGAAUCCUAACAGCAGAUACGAAAAAGGAAGAUAAUCCACCUUAAAUUGUGCACAGUACAUGUGAGCACAGUAUCAUGACGUCCUUUCUCCAGUUGGUUUAACGUGUGCUGUAGCGGAAUGGGGUGGUUUUCCUUCUUGUCUUCUUGACUAAAAUUUUAUCUUUAGAAUCCAGUUUUUGCCAGUUUACCAACUUGUUCCACUUUGGGAAACCUGCUGUUCUUUGGCUCUGCUCUGCUCUGCUGAAGGUUUAAUUCAAACGGUAAACUCGUUAAUAUUUGCCUUCAAAACUUGUGUAACUGACAGGUCAAUCUGCUGAGAUUUUAUUCUCUUUCAAUAACACGAGCACCCGUAUCUCUCUGGCAUGGACUGGUGGGCUUCAGCGUCUCAGGCUGUGAAAGAGACGCUCCAUGUUCCCUUUCAGACGUCCCAACAUACCUGCAGUGUCACUCCCGUGUAAAUGCAGCCAUAAGGAUUGUAUUAUAUGUCAUGUUGAAUCUUACUGGGUGAUCCCUGGCAUGAGGUUGCUCUUCAGAAUCAAGUCCCAAAAUGGAUCAGACAUAUCAAAGCAAUAUCUGGUCAUUUUAAUUUGGUUUUAUCACCGUGUAUUUGUCAUAAGGUGGGGGAAUAACUACACUGAACUGUUGGAGGACAUCCCCUACCACAUGACAGCAUUGGUGAGUUAAAAACUGUAAAACAGAAAAAUGUACUUUUAAUUCAUGGGCUCUCUCAUUCAUCACCAGAACUCUGCUCACAUUUUACUCUUGAGGUCCCAUACAUAGAAAACAUUUUAUAGACUUUUAAGGACAAAUUUAAAGUAACAUUUUUGUCAUUUUUUUGUAGAUUUGAAAAUAAUGUGAAUUGAUGAUUUAUUGGCAGUGUUAAUUUACAUGUUCUAUAAACUAAAGAUUUUGGUUUGUUACUUUAUUACUGUUGCAGAGAGUAAAGGCUGACCCUGAAGUGUAAGGCUUGAUGAGUAGAGCUGUCAUCCUGGCACCUUGUCUGGGAGCAGUUUUCCCAGAAGCAAAUUACCACUAAGUUUGUGUGUUUUAAUAAAGAAAUGUUUUACUUUU